UGCAGUUUGGAAAAUUCGAUUUUGGUUUGGCGGUUCGGUCCAAAACCCAGACUUCAUCGUCGCUUGUUCAUUUUCCGCGUUCAGUUCCUUCUGUCGUCCGAGUUACUCACUCAUUCUCUAAUUGAAAAUCACAACCCUCAGACAGCUCAAACUCGCAGAAUGGCUGGUCAAUCUGACUCCCACCUCUCUCUGUUUUCCCCCGAAGAGGUAGAGUUCAUGGCCGAAGAUGAGCUGGUGGAGAUUGUUCCCAAUCUGAGGAUGGAUUCUCUCAAUUUUAUCUGUGGGGAUUAUGGUCCAUUUUAUCCACAAAUAGCCACGCAAGUGCCGUUGUGGCUAGCAGUGGCUCUGAAGAAGCGGGGGAAGUGCACAAUUAGGCCUCCUCAGUGGAUGUCUAUUGAAAAUUUGACUCGGGUUUUGGAAGGGGAAAGAGAUUCACAUGCUUUUCAACCCCUACCUUUUCACUAUGUGGAGAUCUCUCGACUGCUUUUUGACCAUGCACGCGAAGACAUACCUGAUAUAUAUAUGGUGAGAUCACUUAUUGAGGACAUUAGAGACGUAAGGUUUCAUAAAGUGGAGACUAAUCUAGAAAAGUUUACUGCAUCAACAGUGACGUGGAAGAAUAUGUCUGCAAUGGAAGUCAACAUAAUACGUGCAUUUUCUGGGAGAGCCUUACAAGCAUUCUAUAAGCAUGAGAAUGAACAUAUGAUGCCAGAUACAGAUAGGACACAGGAUAGACAGCCACAAAUACUUAACGCACCAAAACGGAAUCUGAAGCCUCGAUGAUUAGUCAUCAGCAUUUCUAAUCCCUUCCCAUCUCAACCAUGAUAACAAAUGAUCUCAGCAGGCUACUAUAGAAGGUAUUUCCAUUUGCUUUCCAGAAAAUUCUUAUCUAAUGCUCAUUGUAGUGAUAAAAGUACAGUUCUCUGUUGAAGCCAUUUGAUUAGUAUUCUAACAAUUAUUACUGUUAUUAUUUUAACAAUCUGGAAAAUGGUCAUGUGCAAUGGGAGGUCUUUGCUGCAUCUUUAAAGCUAUCUGAAACACUUAACUUCUAAGUUUUGUUUUUGAUUUGAC